GCUUCGGAAGGCUUCGUCCGCCCAUCACUGUUGACGCUAGACAGAGCAGUUGUUUCAGUUAUGUUUUCUUUUAAAUGCCAAAUUACCUAGGUUGAAGUUACCAAAAAUGGGUCCCGGAUAAAUGAAGGAAUAUUCCAGAAACGCCGUGGACUACGGGGUUUCGUGUGCGGGCAGGAGCCCAGCGGCCCGCGGCCGUGAAGGAGCUUAGCAGCCGGGAGGAGCAGAAGGAGUCGCCGGCCAUUGUGUGUUAGGAACGGUAUUCAGUUCUCGCCAAAUUAAGGCCCCGUCCCCAUCCCUUAUCGGCCUUCCUGAUUCUGUUCUGGGAGAGUUCAGACCAGUAUCAUCGCCAAGAUAGCUGGGCCAGGCAGGAAGAGGCACAGCUCAGAUCCAGACCCCAGCAGCGGUAGUGAUUCCAGCGACGGGCGGCCUGUUAGUGCCAAGUGCCCGAAGAUGGCCAGCAGCGGUGGUAGCAGUGCGGCUAGUGGUGAGACAAUGGGACGUCGUGGUGGGGCUCAGCAGAGAGGAGGCAGCGGUAGGGACAACAGCUCAGACCUGUCCUCCAGCACCAGUAAGAAGAAGCAGAAGGACAGGGCCAACCAGGAGAGCAGAGAGGCCAAAAGGGCAGCUGCAGCAGUAGACGGGGUUAUUGCAGAGGUCAAGAAAGACGUGUUUGUGGACUGGAAGCAGAAUGUGAAUGAAGUGACUGUCAGGCUGCGCUGUGGGGAGGGGGUGCAGAGGAUAGAGGAAAUCAGCACCACCUUCACUGAUACACAUUGCCAUGUGUGCUUCCCAGAUGGACGGCAGUGGAGCUGCCAAUUGCAGGAGGAAAUUGAGGCCUCAUGUAGCAGAGUCCAGUACAAGGAGAAGGGAGGGUUCCUGCAUGUCAUAAUGCAAAAGAAGAUUCCCUUUCACAUCUGGCCUUCACUUAAGUCAAACAAGAAGGAGAAGGAGGCGGCACCCACAGAGACCAAAAAUGACAUGGAGCUGGAGAUCAAACCCAUUGCCUUGGAUUCAUCAGAGAAACCCAAACUGUCCUCCUCACAGCCACAACUCCAGCCCCAGCCUCCCUCCUCACCUGCACACAGCGAUUCAAGACGCAGCGGUGGCAAAGCUGAGCGGGGUGUCAAGCGAUGCCUGAAAAACAAAGCGGCGUGUGACAAGGCCACCACAGACUUUGUAGGGGUGAAAGGUGCAGGUGGAGAUGGCUCAGCCACCACCAGCAAGCCCGUUACAGUCUCGAGAGGCGAGCAGCAGCCUCAGGAACCCAGUGCCAAGCGCACCAUUGUACGGCCGCCCAAGACCACCAAGGAGACCACGUCACUGGCCGACAGGGAAACACAGUCUGUGAAGUCUGCAGUAGCCAGUGGUAAAGCCCCACACACACACCUGCCCGCUGGUCGGAGCCCACAGAUGCAACGCAGAGAUGGAGACAGCAGAGCAGAGAGAAUAAGCAGUGGCCAGGAACAGAAACCAGGAACUGCUGCUGCCAGCCAUACCAACAAAACUCAGGUGGCAGAGAACCAAAGCCAGUCUUCAGACAGGUCCGGAGCAACAGCACAUGACAGCGAUAGCCUACCAGCAGCUCCCAUCAGCACCAGCGAGCACCUCAAACCUGUCGACUUGAACAACGAGGUGGGCUCCGCUCCAGAAACGCUGAGAGAUAAAACUCACUCUGAGCUGGAGAAAAGCCGUGUUGAGCAGGAAUCGGAGCAGGAUACUCUGAUCUGCCAGCCACUUGGAUCAAGAGAGGCAGGUUCAGUACCAUCUGUUGGAGUGGCUGACAAACGAGGCCAGUCACCUGGUCUAGCCCCGAGGCGCGGCAGCUGUGAUGGAGAGGAGAAGCGGGACCAGUCAAAGGAAGAGCCUCCUCUGGAAUUAAAGCAACAGGAAGCCCCGGAGCCGAUGGUUAACCUGCAAUUUGUGAAGAAUGAUUCAUACGAGAAGGGCACAGACCUGAUGGUGGUUAAUGUUUACAUGAAGGGGAUCUGCAGGGACACAGCCAGGGUCAUCUUCAGGGAACAGGACUUCACCCUCAUCUUCCAGACAAGUGAUACUAACUUUCUGCGGCUUCAUUCAGACUGUGGACCGAACACAGUCUUCAAGUGGCAAGUCAAACUCAGGAACCUGAUCCAGCCUGAGCUGUGCAGCUACUCCUUCACCCGGUCCCGACUGGACAUCACCCUGAAGAAGAGGCUUAGCCAGCGCUGGGGAGGUCUGGAGGCCCCCGCCACACAAGGUGCAGUGGGUGGCGCCAAAGUUGCUGUGCCCUCCAGCCCUACAUGCAUGGAAAAGAGCCAGCCAGGCAGCAGCCAGCACAGCCUGCCAGCCAAGGAGGAGCCUCCGAGGGUUGGGGAAGAGAAACCCAAGACCCCUAAGGCCUCAUCCAGAGUGGAGGACGCUGGUUUGGAUACAGUGGCUCCUCGCACCGUCUCUGAGCAUGUUGCCAUCACCAAGACAGAGCCCACUGUUACCACGCCUAAACCUACCUGCAUGGUGCAGCCCAUGACCCACGCACCUCCAGCCAGCAAUGAGCGCCAUGAAGAAGAAGAGGAGAAGAAGGUGUGCCUGCCUGGUUUUACAGGAUUGGUCAACCUUGGCAACACCUGCUUCAUGAACAGUGUCAUCCAAUCCCUGUCUAACACCAGAGAACUCAGGGAUUACUUCCAUGAUCGAGCAUUUGAGGCAGAAAUCAACUGCAAUAAUCCACUGGGAACAGGAGGCAGGUUAGCCAUUGGCUUUGCUGUACUGCUCAGGGCCCUUUGGAAAGGAACACAUCAUGCCUUCCAACCCUCAAAACUCAAGGCAAUUGUGGCCAGUAAAGCCAGUCAGUUCACAGGUUACGCACAGCACGAUGCCCAGGAGUUCAUGGCUUUCUUGCUGGACGGGCUCCACGAGGACUUGAACCGCAUCCAGAAUAAACCUUACACCGAGACGGUCGACUCUGAUGGACGGCUGGAUGAGGUGGUGGCAGAGGAGGCAUGGCAGAGGCACAAGAUGAGAAAUGACUCCUUUAUAGUGGACCUCUUCCAAGGCCAGUUCAAAUCCAAGCUUGUGUGCCCCACAUGCUCCAAGGUGUCCAUCACCUUUGACCCUUUCCUCUACCUGCCUGUGCCCUUGCCCCAGAAACAAAAGGUGCUCUCAGUUUUCUAUUAUGCUAAGGAACCUCAUAAAAAACCCAUCAAGUUUUUGGUGAGUGUGAGCAAGGAGAACUCUAGCACUGCUGAAGUCCUUGAAUCCAUCUCCAGGAGUGUCAGGGUCAAAGCAGAGAACCUCAGACUGGCGGAGGUGGGGAAGAACCGCUUCCAGCGCAUGUUUCUGCCGUCCCAUUCCCUGGACACGGUGUCGUCCUCAGACAUGUUGUUCUGCUUCGAGGUGCUUUCCAAAGACAUGGCCAAAGAGAGAGUGGUAUUGCUCAGAGUGCAGCAGAGACUGCAGGUCCCUAAUAUCCCCAUCUCAAAGUGUGCUGCCUGUCUGAAGCCUCCAGUGUCUGAGGAAGACAAGCUGAAGCGGUGCACUCGCUGCUAUCGUGUGGGCUACUGCAAUCAAGUGUGUCAGAGGACCCACUGGCCCAAUCACAAGGGUCUGUGUCGACCCAACACAGAGAACGUGGGCCUGCCCUUCCUGGUCAGCGUGCCGGAGUCUCGACUCUCCUAUGCCCGCCUCACACAGCUACUAGAGGGUUACUCCAGGUUUUCUGUCAACGUGUUCCAGCCUCCUUUCCAGUCAGGCAGAACAUCCCCUGAAACAUCCCAGUGCCGGGUUGACCUCCCCCCAAUGCCAGCAGGCUCUCCUGAGGGUCAUGGGUCCAGGGAUGAGGCCAUGGGUGGUAGCAGUUCUGUAGGAGCGGGCGAUCUUGAGCUGGAGAGCCAUUCUAUGCUGCCUGAAUCUCAGGCGGAGUGUGCCCAGGCCUCAGCCCUCCACUCUGGGGAGACAGAUUCCCUCUCCUCCUCCCAGACCUCACUCCCCACCACGCGGACGACAGAUUCAGGUUUUUCUGAGCCAGUCUCCUCCACUUCUUGCUGCUCUCUGGACCCUCAUGCUGAAAAAGAGACGUCUUGUGAGAAGGCCGUGCGGCCAGAAGCUGCAGUAACAGGCUACCAGCAUCCAAGUGAGUCAGCGUCAGGUCAUGCCUGUCAGUUCUACAUAGCUCUGCUGGAUUCUAACAGCAAGGAACAGAGGCUGGACGAGAGAGAGGAUGCACUGGCAGACCUCCCCGAGGAUGCAACUCUGGAGUUGGUGUGGAAAAACAAUGAGCGUCUGAAGGAGUAUGUCCUGGUGAGCUCCAAGGAGCUGGAGUAUGAGGAGGACCCCGGCUCCCUGAGUGAGACAGCAAGAGCGGGACAUUUCACCCUGGAGCAGUGCCUCAACCUCUUCACGAAGCCAGAGGUGCUGGCACCAGAGGAGGCAUGGUACUGUCCAAAGUGCCAGCAGCACCGAGAGGCCUCGAAGCAACUGCUGCUGUGGCGUCUGCCCAACGUUUUGAUUAUCCAGCUCAAACGCUUCUCCUUCAGGAGUUUCAUCUGGAGGGAUAAGAUCAAUGACAUGGUGGACUUUCCUGUCAGGAAUCUGGACCUGAGCAAAUUCUGUAUUGGCCAGAAGGAUGAGAUGCAACAACCCCCUAUCUACGACCUAUAUGCAGUCAUCAACCACUAUGGAGGAAUGAUAGGAGGCCACUACACGGCCUACGCCCGCCUGCCAAGUGACAAGAACAGCCAGCGCAGUGAUGUUGGCUGGCGUCUGUUUGAUGACAGUACCGUAACAAUGGUGGAGGAGAGUCAGGUGGUAACGCGCUACGCCUACGUCCUGUUCUAUCGACGACGAAACUCCCCGGUGGAGAGGCCGCCACGCUUCCUCAGGCCUGUAGGUGCAGAGUCACCCACUGCUGCCGGAGCUACCGCCAGUCAGGCCUCUCUAAUAUGGCGGGAACUGGAGGAAGAAGAGGAGGGGCUUAACGAAGGCCCCCGUGGACUGUUCAGAUCUGCACUGCGGAGGGGACAAACGUUGAGGAACAGAGAUGAGGAAGACGAAGACAGAACCGACGGGUCGGUGCGACGGCACCGCAGUCGAAGGAUGUCGGACUAUCCCGACGAUGACUGCGUCCGUUAUUUUGUCCUGGGCGCCCUGGCAGCCGUGUUUGCUCUGUUCGUCAAUUUGGUCUACCCUCUUCUUUAUAAACUGGACCUGAACAGUGGCUAGGUGGCGACUAGCUUUGGUCGCAGCAAUCAGAAAGACCAAAUGAGGUCAGUCGAACAAGGAGAGGUUAGAUAGGCAACUGGGAAAGAGUCAGUUUGAAGUUUUUAGACUUAAUCACAUCUCUUGAGUAAGAACUGAGAAAGUCAUCCACUGGUGCUCAUCUAGUAAAAUGCUUCUCUGUCCUAUCCAACACUUGAAGUGUAUGUAUAACUUUACAUUGCUCAACCCUUUAAAAUACUUAAGGCACUAUUUCACACAAGACGGCGAAUGCCCUAAAGUUAAAAUGACAGCAAAAAUGUCCCCGUCAUCAUCAGAGAGCCUUGUAUUUAAAGCUCCAGUAGAGUGAUACCAUCAGCACACAGCACAGGCUUACUGAACUAUUCACUACAUUGCCUCUAUGCAUUGUAUGGACUCUUGCUUCCAGUGUAUGUGUCUAAAUCAUUUUCACUAAUAUGUCAUCCUGGAGCUUGUGAUUCAGUUCAGUCUUGAACAGGAACAGACAAAACAAUCUUGAGGAGGAAGAACAUGAGAUGUGGUUAAUAACUCUAGAAAAAGCUAGUAGGCAGACCUUUUAGUGACUAUUUUUUUGUCAAUGAAACUAUUUUGUUGAUAUAGUAAUUUAUCUAAUGCUUAUAAACAGAGAAUUAUGACAGAGUAUAAAAAGACACUGCAGAUGAAGCCAUGGUUGUUUUUAUUGCACUACACUGUGAAGAAUAAGGUUGCAAAUUCCUGCAGUAUGAAUACAAACAGAUGAAUGGAGAAUGUGUGAGAAGAGGCUCUUCAGCAGUGACUCAUUUUAAAUGUUAUGUCAUGAAACAAAGAGAGCCCUCGAUUUUUUUGUGUGACCAAUUGUUCUUGCCUUUUCUAUGUCAGAUGGAUUUAUGGGCCUUGAAAUUGCAGUUUGUGUCCAGCAUCCAUCAUGUAUUUAAAUGCAGUAUGUAACGUAGUUACUGUUAUUCUUUUAUUUCCCAGGAUGUUUGUUUUUACAUUGAAAUGCCUCUCAAAGUGUGUUUUUAGUUGCUUUUUCUGAACCAUUUUAAGCCAUAGCCAGGUGAAGGUUUUAAAUUCUCAGAGCAACAAGUUGUUUUGUGCUACAUUUCAUCCUGUGUCUUUUGAAAAUCCUACAAAAUAAGAUGAAUAAGAAGAAAUACGAUGGUCAUGCAGGCUUGUCACAGCCAAGCUAAAGCAGGAGUUUGCAGUUAUCAAGGAACUACCGUCCACCUCUGAAUGUAAUGGUUUUCGAUGUGUUACACUGUUUUGAGUGGAAUGCUGUAGAGUGUUUGAUGGUGGACAGUUUUGGAGCUCUAAAACAUUAUAAAUGAGCAUUUAAAGACAUUAUUUACUACAUACAUUAGCUUCUAAAAUAUGCAGCAUUUUUAACUCUUUUAAAGUCUCUCCACUUUCUGAGAGUCCGAACCGCCCUCAGAUCAUUUUCCUCUGCUGCUGCAGUCAUUGUGAGUGUGCACAUGCGACUCAGGGAAAUCCCAGAGAUCUUCUGGUACCGAGGCAGUGUACAGUGACCUAAUGUUUGCCUUAAAUGCUCUGCAUAGCUCAGCCAACCAUCAGUAUUUGUAUACUUGACUAAGAUAUAUGCAAGAAGUCCGUCUAGUUUUAAAAUUCUCUAUAAUGUACAGCUGUGUGUGUUAGCUGUGUGAAAUCUCCCAGCACGCAACUUUAACAGCAAUGGUGGGAUCAACAGAUGUUAAACUGAAUGGUUGAAGUUAGACUUAAAGGGGUUUUCUGCACAGGCUGCUCUGUUUUUAAGCCUAUAAACACUGUUGGGUUUUAAGCUGAUCUGAUUCAAAUGAACCUGACUAAAGGUGUUACUAAAUACUGUAUGUGUGUGUACUCUACUAUAACAUGUUAGUUGGAAAAAUAAUCUUGUAUUUUGUAAUGAGAAUAUCUAAGGUCUCCAUCUGUAAUAUACUGACUCACAGUCAUUGAUACAAUUUUGCAAGUACUGUAUUUAAAAGAAAAUCAUAACCUAUUUUAAUUCCCUGCAAUAAUCAUAUCUCCAUCUAAAUGCUGCUUUCUAAUAUAUAAAGCAUUGCACUCCUUUUGGAAAUAAAGUCUUAAUCUGUUUUUGGUCUUUAUGUAUAAUUAUUUCUAAGUUAUGUCACGUUACAGCCUCACCUUUUUCUCCAAACAGAUGAAAUCUCCCAGAAUCCUAAAGCAGCAUGAUUUAUUGUUAACACUGGUUUAUU